ACAGGAUUAGGGUUCUUCACUCCCAUCGCGAGGUUCCAUUGCGCCACAGGCGAGGCGCGCUACAAGACAAUGGCGAUGGCGUCACAGCAGCAUCACUUUGGCGCCCAGCCAUAUUCACGAGGUAUCAAAAGAUUCUCUUCUUCGCAUUGAUGGCGCCAGCGACGAUGCGCACCCAAUCCCGAAGUUUGUUUCUAGCGGGAGCAACCAGGUCAUGCAAAACGAUGCCUCCGAUUCUUCACGGCCAUGGUUGCGGCUCCAGUGAUGCUCAGCUUGAUCUUUACGAUGCUCUACAUGCCGGCAUUCCGGGACCUCUCUUUCAAUGAGUAAGCUUUCCGCGAGUUAACGCCGGACGCAGUGUUCCAGAUCUUCGUGUUUAGCGUCUCGCUCUGUACGGGACUAGAACCCGAGGUCUCGCCCAUCUCUCCGUACACUAUGGUUCUCGCCAAUGUCAAUGAUCCCUUGGCACAGCUCUUGUUGCCUUUCUCUGUGGCGCUGUGUUUUCACGAAUCUCGCAACCAUCGCGGCCGAUAUGAUGCUCGUCGAUGGCGAUCAUAUCUCGAGAAAGAUCAAUCUUUCAGAGUGCUCAUGGGACCACAACCGUGCGAACUGGUUGAUCUCAAGGUUGAGCUCACCUUGAAAUACACUUUGCUCAAAGUCGGGGAAAUACUUUUGGGGAAUGGAACCUCUCAAGCUUGUUCGCAAGGGAUACUUUUAUCUUAAAUAUGGAAUGCUUGUGAAGCAUGUAAUAGACGAGAAGAGCCCACUCUACAAGCGGUCUCUGAUCAAAGAAGACGCGAUCAUCUCCCUCGGAGUGGUUUCCUCCUCAUUAACAAGAACACGAGCGUUUACAUUGUCGAUCAGACAAUAGGUUUUGAGUGGAAAAUUUUCUAGGAUCGUGCGUCAUCUUUUUCUUAGCCUCAAACAAACUGGAAGUUUUCACCGAUUACAAGUUGGAAAGUGGAGAAUCUGGUGAAUCAUCAUCGAUGGAAUCUUCCCUCCCCUUCUCUCCUCCACGCGUCUCGUCCACAAGAGCUUUUAGGCAGCGAGGAUGGAUGGACAGAGAAGAGAAAUAAAAGAAAAUGCUGUCCACAGGAUUAGGGUUCUUCACUCCCAGCGCGAGGAUCCAUUGCGCCAGGGCGCCGCGGACGAGGCGCGCUAGGAGAAAAUGGCGAUGGCGUCACAAGAUCGUCACUUUCGCGCCCAGCCAGAUUCACGAGGUAUCAAAAGAUUCUCCUCCUCGCAUUGGCGAUGGCGAUGGCGAUGGCGCCGGCGACGAUGCGCCUCUGGAGCUGGAGCUCACGCAAUCCGAGCUCCCGGAUCUUGUUUCUAGCGGGAGCUACCAGGUCUUGCAAGACGAUGCCUCCAUCGUCUCGGAUUUCUACACAUUCUUGGUGAAGCAGGACUUUUCGGGGUUCUUCACGGCCAUGGUUGCGGCUCCAGUGAUGCUCAGCUUGAUCUUCACGGUGCUCUACGUGCCGGCAUUCCGGGACCUCUCUUACGAGGAUCACGCUUUCCGGGAGUUAACGCCGCUCGCGCUGUUCCAGAUCUUCAUGUUUAGCGUCUCGCUCUGUACGGGACUAGAACCCGAGGUCUCGCCCAUCUCUCCGUACACAAUGGUUCUCGCCAACGUCAAUGCUCUCUUGGCACAGCUCUUGUUCGCCUUUCUCAGUGGCGCUGUGUUUUCGCGACUCUCGCAACCAUCGCGGCCGAUAAAAUGCUCGUCGAUGGCGAUCAUAUCUCGAGAAAGAUCAAACUCUUCACGAUCUUUCAGAGUGCUCAUGGCUAGAUUCGUUUUAACGGGACCGCAACCAUGCGAACUUGUUGAUGUGAAGGUUGAGCUGACCUUGAAAUACACUGCUCUAUCAAAGUCGGGGAAAUACUCCCGAGGAAUGGAACCUCUCAAGCUAGUUCGAAAGGGAUGUUUUUAUCUCAACUAUGGAAUGCUUGUGAGGCAUGUAAUAGACGAGAAGAGUCCACUCUACAAUCGAACUCUGGAGAUGCUGAUCAAAGAAGACGCAGCCAUUUUCCUUGGAGUGGUUGGUCUCGAAAGAUCAUCCAUGCAACCGGUUUUCCACGUCCAGCAAUACUGUGCACGCGAGGGACACAUUGUCUGGGACGCGAAAUUCAACGACAUGAUCCUCAUUAACAAGAACAAGAGCGUACGCAUAGUUGAUCACUCUCGGCUAAGCUCGUGGACUAGACAAUAGAUUUUGCUACCGGGAAGUUCUCUGAGAUCCUAGCAUCCAAAGUUAGAGCCGAGAGGAAAAGUUUUCUAUACGCGAGAUCACGCUGAGUCUUCCUCGUCAUCACCACUGUCGUCAGCGAUGAGCUCGCGUCUCUUGUUUCCUCGGUCGAACAGAUGAAGCCACCAGAUCUUUUUUUU